AUGACGAGCACGCUGGAAUUAAAGGAAGACAAGAUGCUGACAGUUCAAUUUGUGGGAGAUGAUGAUGUUCUUAAUCACAUUCUUGAUAGAGAAGGAGGACCUAAAAUAAAAAAGGAUCGAGUCCAGCUUUUGGUCAACACAAAAAAAGUAAUGAAGAAGCCAGAAAAUGAGUUGGAGGAAGAUGACCAGGAAAUUUUAAAAGAUCAGAACUACAUUGACGUUCUAGGACAAGAUGUUCAAGAAUCCUUGAAAAAUGGCUCUGCUACAGAUGGUGGGAAUAAAGUUUAUUCUUUUCAGAAUAGAAAACACCCUGAAAAGAUGGCUAAAUUAGCUUCCGAACUAGCGAAAACACCAGGAAAAAGUGUUUCGCUCAAUAUGAAGAAUGAUUCUGAAAUUGCAGUAGACAUUCCUCAGUGUAGCAAGGGGCAUUCUGCUUCAGACAAAUCUCAGUUGAAGAACAAUGAUAAAAGUGAAUUUCUGUCAACAGCACCUCGUGGACUAAAGAAGAGAUUAAUAGUUCCACGGUCUCAUUCUGACAGUGAAAGUGAAUAUUCAGCUUCCAGCUCAGAGGAUGAUGAAGGAGUCGCGCAGGAACAUGAAGAGGACACUAAUGAAGACGUACUGAGCCCAAAGAUUCAAGCUCAGAGUAGAGUGGUUUCAGCUCCUGUUUGCAAAGAAACCCCUUCUAAGAAGAUGAAGAGGGAGAAAACAAGUCACUUAGUAGAAGAAUAUUUUGAAGCCCACAGCAGUUCUAAAGUUUUAACCUCUGAUAGGACACUGCAGAAACUAAAGAGGGCUAAACUGGAUCAGCAAACUUUGCAUAACUUAUUGAGCAAAGUUUCUCCUUCCUUUUCUGCUGAACUUAAACAACUAAAUCAACAGCAUGAACAGUUGUUUCAUAAAUGGAUGUUGCAGUUACACCUGGGGUUCAACAUUGUGCUUUAUGGUUUGGGUUCUAAAAGAGAUUUACUAGAAAGAUUUCGAACCACCAUGCUGCAGGAUUGCAUACAUAUUGUCAUCAAUGGCUUCUUUCCUGGAAUCAGUGUGAAAUCAAUACUGAAUUCUAUAACAGAAGAAAUCCUUGAUCAUAUGGGUACUUUCCGCAGUGUACUGGAUCAGCUAGAGUGGAUAACAAAUAAAUUUAAAGAAGAUUCUUCUUUAGAACUCUUUCUUCUUAUUCACAACUUGGAUAGCCAAAUGUUGAGAGGAGACAAAAGCCAGCAAAUUAUUGGACAGUUAUCAUCUUUACGUAAUAUAUACCUUAUAGCAUCUAUUGAUCACCUCAAUGCUCCUCUCAUGUGGGAUCAUGCAAAGCAGAGUCUUUAUAACUGGCUCUGGUAUGAAACUACUACAUAUAGUCAUUACACUGAAGAAACCUCCUAUGAGAAUUCUCUUCUGGUUAAACAGUCUGGAUCACUGCCGCUCAGCUCCCUAACUCAUGUCUUACGAAGCCUUACCCCUAAUGCAAGGGGAAUUUUCCGGCUACUAAUAAAGUAUCAGCUGGAUAACCAGGAUAACCCUUCUUACACUGGACUUUGUUUUCAAGACUUUUACCAGCAGUGUCGGGAGGCAUUCCUUGUCAAUAGUGAUCUGACACUUCGAGCCCAGUUAACUGAAUUUAGGGACCACAAGCUUAUAAGAACAAAGAAGGGAACUGAUGGAGUGGAAUAUUUAUUUAUUCCUGUUGACAAUGGAAUACUGACUGAUUUCCUGGAAAAGGAAGAAGAGGAGUUAUAA